AUGGCGUCGGGUGGCGGAGCCAAUGGUGGCGCGGUGGUGGAUUGGCACCAGAGGCCACCCAACCCCAAGAACCCUAUUGUAUUCUUCGAUGUCACUAUCGGCAACAUCCCCGCUGGCCGAAUCAAAAUCGAGCUCUUCGCCGAUAUUGCUCCUAAAACCGCCGAAAAUUUCAGGCAGUUCUGCACAGGCGAAUAUAGGAAAGGAGGAUUAUCUGUUGGUUACAAGGGAUGCCAUUUCCACAGAGUGAUUAAAGAUUUUAUGAUACAAGCUGGUGAUUUUUUGAAGGGUGAUGGUAGUGGAUGUGUCUCCAUUUAUGGAAGUAAGUUUGAUGAUGAAAAUUUUACUGCAAAGCACACUGGUCCUGGCCUAUUAUCAAUGGCAAAUAGUGGGACAAAUUCUAAUGGAUGUCAGUUCUUCAUCACCUGUGCGAAGUGCGACUGGCUUGACAAUAAGCAUGUUGUUUUCGGGCGUGUACUUGGAGAUGGUCUUUUAGUUGUGCGGAAGAUUGAGAACGUGGCUACAGGACCCAACAACCGGCCUAAAUUGGCUUGCGUUAUUGCUGAGUGUGGAGAGAUGUAA